AUGGAUAUGGAUGUGCCGGUGGCGUGCUUCUUUCUUCCUUUUCUUCCGUGGCCGCCAUCGAGUUAGGAGCGUGGUUCCUGGCGAGCCGUGAAAACUUAUAAAAAUGGCUUGUGCCCGACCGUUAGUCUCGGUCUACUCCGAGAAGGGAGAGACAUCCGGCAAAAAUGUGGUUAUGCCAGCCGUCUUCAGGGCUCCCAUCCGCCCAGAUGUCGUGAACUUCGUGCACACCAACAUGCGCAAGAACAAGCGUCAGCCCUAUGCUGUCAGUGGACUGGCAGGUCACCAGACCAGUGCUGAGUCCUGGGGUACAGGAAGAGCUGUGGCUCGUAUCCCCCGUGUGCGUGGUGGCGGUACCCACCGCUCCGGCCAGGGUGCUUUCGGAAAUAUGUGUCGUGGUGGCCGCAUGUUUGCACCCACAAAGACUUGGCGCCGUUGGCACCGCAGGGUCAACAUUAACCAGAAGCGGUUUGCCAUCUGCUCUGCUUUGGCAGCUACUGCUCUGCCUGCCCUGGUCAUGGCCAAAGGGCACCGCAUUGAAGAGAUCCCUGAGGUCCCAAUUGUUGUUGAUGAUAAAGUUGAGGGAUACAAGAAGACCAAGGAGGCUGUGCUUCUGCUGAAGAAGCUGAAGGCAUGGAACGACAUCAAGAAGGUUUACGCCUCUCAGCGCAUGCGUGCCGGUAAGGGUAAGAUGAGGAACAGAAGACGUAUCCAGCGUAAGGGACCAUGUGUCAUCUACAACGAAGACAACGGUGUGACCCGAGCUUUCAGAAAUAUCCCUGGUAUCACACUGCAGUGUGUAAACAGACUGGACUUGCUGAAGUUGGCUCCAGGUGGUCACCUCGGCAGAUUCUGCAUUUGGACCGAGAGCGCUUUCCGCAAGCUGGACGAUCUCUAUGGCACAGGGCGCAAACCCUCCACCCUUAAAGUUGGCUACAACUUGCCAAAUCACAAGAUGACCAACACAGAUCUGACAAGAAUCCUUAAGAGCGAAGAAGUACAGAAGGCAAUUCGUCCUGCCAACCGCAAGACAAAUCGCAGAGUUCUGAAGAAGAACCCACUGAAGAACCUGAGAGUGAUGAUGAAACUCAACCCCUAUGCCAAGACAGCCCGUCGUCGUGCUAUUAUGGCACACAACCCCGAGAUCAAGGCCAAGAUGCUGAAAUCCAAGAAGAAGAAGGUUGUGAGGAAGACCAAGAAGCCUGCUGCUGCCGCCGCCCCGGCCAAGGAGUAGAGCUCAUUACACAGACUGUUGAGUUCAGAAAUGCUUUCAAAUAAAACACCUCUUCAAAAUUCUGCUAA